UUCUUUUUGUUCUACCAUGUUGCCAGGCAGUGCCCUACAUUCCGUUCUAUCUCCAGUGCCACUGAGUGAACUCCAGCUUGGCCUAUGCAUAGGAGCACCAAUGGCCCCCUAGAGUAUGGGUAUUUGUGGAUGGAUUUGCGGGAUUUGCAGGAUUUGCAGUUGGACAUGUAAGCUCUUCAGUGCUCUGUGUGCAAGGCUCAAUCGUUUCUGGAAUGAUAAGGUGAAGAGCCGUUUUAUUGCUACGCCACGAGAGGAAGAGAAGCCAACAACCGAGUACAUUUUUCACAAAGAAAAAAUUCUGGAACUUGGCAACAUCCUGACGAAUACAAAACUAUCCCUGGAUAAGAGAGCUCAAGCUGCCAAGAAAAUCGGACUACUGUCUUUCACAGGAGGCAUGAGUGCUGCCCAGUUCGCCAGCGAGUAUAUGACAAACGUUGCUUCCUUGCUGAAGGAAAAGGCGAUGUCAUUCAAGACAAAGAUCAUGCUGCUCCAGAGUGUGGCAUGUUGGUGCUACUUAAACCCUGAAAGCCAGAAGAAGGCCAGUCAACUGAAGCUUAUUCCUAUAUUUGUUGAUUUCUUCGAGGAACCUUUCAAACCUAAAAACAGGAAGGAGAGCAGCAGCCACCGCCUCUUCCAGUUUUGGAUCUGCUAUGCCCUCACAGCUGUAACCUGUAAUAACUUAGCUAUCACGAGGGAGCUGAGAUCCUACAGAUCUCUAAAAUACCACCUACAGAUCUUGGCUAUGGAGAACUGGUCUGGGUGGUCUGAAAAUUUUGCCGAGGUCUUAUAUUUCCUAAUAGGUUUUCACAGGAACUAAUUUUUUUUAAUUUUAUGUCCAGUUCCAUGAUUCAACUAUCCUUAUGCUAUUGCAUGACCCCAGAAACCUGAAGUAAAGAAUAAAGUCCAUGGGUUAUUCUA